AUGGCCGAGUUUAAAAAACCUCCGAUGGUUCAUGUAAUUAGAAACUUUUCGCCCGUCUGGUUCGCUGUGACUAUGGGUACAGGGGCCGUUUCCUCACUGCUUCAUAACUUCCCAUAUGGGUCACGACCCAUUCUGUAUGGGUUCGGUGUCGCGGUCCUGAUAUUGAAUAUGUGCCUCUUCGGGCUAUUCUUCGUUAUUUCUGCAAUUAGAUACAUCAGGUACCCGGAGAUUUUCCGUUCAAUGUUCAAACACCCUGUCCAGAGUCUUUUCCUCGGCUGCUUCCCAAUGGGAUUCUCGACUCUGAUUAAUGCAUCGCUGAACGCAUGCCAGGUGUAUGGUCUUGGUGAUCGCUUUCUUUACGCUCUAUGGGGGCUUUGGUGGUUCAAUUCAGCCCUAGCGCUCGUGGUAUAUUUCUCAGUGUUGUAUACAAUGAUCACUCGGCAUGAUCACUCACUCAAGGCAUUGACCGCCGUCUGGUUACUUCCGGCAGUCACACCUAUUGUUCCUGCCACCACCGGAGCCCUUCUCGCUCGCGCUCUACUUCCUCACUCGACUAGCCAUACAACAAUAACACUAUUUGUUUCCACGGUCAUGCUAUUCCUUGGCUUGGGUAUUACUUUUGCGAUUCUACCGCUCUAUAUGUUAUGCCUGUUGGACCAUGUGGACAGGCGGGGUGGCGUGGCUUUUGUUGUGAUUGGUCAAGUAUUUGCGGAAAUGGCGCUGCAAGGAACCGUGCCAAACGUUUUACUAGCACAGGCCCAGCCAUGGGCUUUAGUUGGCAUAUGUGGCGGAUUCUUCCUUUGGACGUUUGGCAUCUGGUGGAUUUUGCUUACAAUCCUAGGUAUAUAUGAGACCUUCAAAUCCCAACGGCCGUCAUUCGCGGUCGGGUUUUGGGGUAUGGUGUUCCCGUUGGGGGUAUAUACCUCGCCUACCUGGCAACUUUCUGAAACCUUCGAGUCCCUUUUCUUCCGCGUCUUAUCGGCCAUUCUCAGCAUUGUGGUUUGCCUUCUUUGGGCGACUCUGGCCGUUAUCACGAUCCACCAGGCUUAUCAGAACCCCAAGUCAUUAUUCAAUGCCCCAUAUCUUCAAGCCGCUGCUCCUCCUACACGCGAGAUAACUCCAAGCACGACCUGCGAGACCAAUCGAGAGGUAUCUGGAGACCAGAAAUGUUAG